AUGGAUACCACCCUGAGUGUAAGCAAUAGCUCAAGGUUUCAAGUGUCUGAGUUCAUCCUGCUGGGGCUCCCAGGCAUUCAGGAGUGGCAGCACUGGCUCUCCCUGCCCCUGGCUCUGCUCUACCUCUUAGCUCUUGGUGCCAAUCUCCUCAUCUUGAUCACCAUCCAACGUGAGCCUACCCUGCACCAGCCCAUGUAUCUUCUCCUUGGCAUCUUGGCUGCAGUGGACAUUGGUCUGGCUACCACCAUCAUGCCCAAAAUCCUGGCCAUUUUCUGGUUUAAUGCCAAGACCAUCAGCCUCCCUGAGUGCUUUGCUCAGAUGUAUGCCAUCAACACUUUCAUGGGCAUGGAGUCAGGCAUCUUUCUCUGCAUGGCUGUGGAUAGAUAUGUAGCCAUUUGCUAUCCCCUUCAGUACCCCUCCAUAGUCACUGAGGCUUUUGUGAUCAAAGUCACACUGUCUAUGAUCCUCAGGAAUGGCCUGUUGACCAUCCCAGUGCCUGUACUGGCUGCCCAGAGACACUACUGCUCCAGGAAUGAAAUUGACCACUGCCUGUGUUCUAACUUGGGGGUCACCAGUCUAGCUUGUGAUGACAUCACUAUUAAUAGGUUUUACCAUUUGGCCUUGGCCUGGGUUAUAGCUGGCAGUGACAUGGGUCUGGUCUUUGCUUCCUACGUGUUGAUUAUUCGCUCAGUGCUGAGGCUGAACUCUGCUGAAGCAAUAUCUAAGGCCCUGAGUACCUGCAUCUCCCAUCUCAUCCUCAUCCUCUUCUUCUACACAGCUAUUAUUGUGGUAUCUGUCACCCACCUGGCAGGAAGAACGUUUCCCUUCAUCUCUGUUCUCCUCAACGUGCUGCAUAGUGUCAUCCCCCCAGCCCUUAACCCUGUGGUGUAUGCCCUCAGGACUCAGGAGCUGAGAGUGGGCUUCCAGAGGGUCCUCCGUUUGGGUGAGGAUGUGUCUAGAAAGCAAACCAGCUUUAAAUGA